GACGUAACGUAUUGCCGCCAAUCGAAUUCGCUGUUGAUCCUCAGACUUUGCCCCUCGUACAGUCAGCUGUUUGGUAGUGCGGGAGAAGGACGCCGUGCUCCGUGUGUCAGCGUUUUAACAGUGUUCGCAUGAAGUGAACUUUUCCAGGGAUUUAGUAAUUAUCUAAAAGUCCAGAUGAACGUGUGUGCUCUACAGCUACAUGCGAAAGACACUAAGAAAAUUUAAUGACAAGGAGAGUCGACGGGCACGAUGUUCAGUUUGAAUAUGCUGUAUUUAAAAGAAUACUUGUACGGAUUCGGCGACUACAUAGGGUUUGAAAAAUGGUCCGAGACUAUAUCAACAGUCGUGCAUCGGAAUCUGUUCAUGUUCCAAGUGGUAACUGUCCUGCUCAUUCUCUAUGCAAUUCAGAUAAUUCUAAACUAUGUUCGAGACUGGAGCAACAAGGAUUUGCCAGAGGCAAGACGGUCUGGAAAACGCUUCAGGAAAAGGGAUAAGAUGAUGUACUACGGCAGGAAAAUUAUGAGAAAGGUGAAAUCUGUAGCCUCAUCACAAGAUAUGAAAGGCCAGAGGCGCAAAAUCGCAAUAUCAAAAUUUGCCAAGCAGAUACUUCUGCAAAUGAGCAAGGAUUCAACACCCACACAACUUAAGGUCUUAGAACCUCCUGCUGAAUAUUUGGAAGAGGAUGUUACAAGCAAAACAGACAAAGGUGUUCCCCCUGAUGUUGUAUAUAUGUUGCAGAGUAUAAGAGUUUUUGGACAUUUUGAAAAGCCUGUGUUUUUGAAACUGUGCAGACGGACAGAGAUAAUUAAUGUUCCUGCUGGAUCCUUUCUUUUCAAGAUUGGAAAUCCUGAUGAAAAUGUCUAUAUUGUUCAGAGUGGAAAAUUAGUCGUUUUCACCCAAGAAGGUAAUACACCACCAGUGGAGCUAAAGAUUGUGAGGCCUGGUGAAACUGUGACAUCGUUACUCAGUUUCACAGACGUUUUAACAGGUCACACAAGCUCAUACAAGACUGUAUCAGCGAGAGCUGCAGAAGAUUCUACAGUGCUGCGUCUUCCCAUGUCGGCAUUUCAAGAUUUGUUUGAAGACUACCCCGACAUAUUUAUUAGAGUGAUGCAAGUUAUAAUGGUGCGUCUUCAGAGAGUAACAUUUACUGCUCUGCACCAGUAUCUGGGUCUGUCAUCAGAAUUGGUUAACCAGAAUUCUCAGAGAAAGGAAGCCAAAACUCCACUUGCAGUAGUGAAAAAGCAAUCAAAAAAUGUACUCCAGAAGACUUCAGAUUUUGCUCAGCAUGAGUUAUUUUUGACUAGGAAUCAGACUGAUAAUUUUAAGGCAGCUACAGAUUCUGAGUUUCACCAAUUUUCACUCAGUAAUCCACAGCCAGAUAUGCUGGAUUCAACACCAUGCUUGCCAACGGCACCAGCUUCAAGAUGUAGCCCAGAUACCUUAAUCCAGUCAGAAAGUGCUAGUUAUGAUGAGGCUGCUUUAGUUGAAAUUGCAACGGCAGCAUUUGUGAAAGAGCUGGGUCUACAGGAUUCAAGUGUUCUGUCUGAUGGAAAAGUUGAAAUACGUGAAGUGUCAGCAGGAACUUACCUAAUGAAAGAAGAGAGCCAUAAGGAUGUGGCGUUGGUGUAUCUAGUCACGGGUGCCUUAGUUGUAUCACAGAAGCUGACUGAUGUUGAUGAAGAGGUCUUGAUGUUUAAAGCCCUUCCAGGAGAAAUCGUAGGAGGUCUUGCUGUACUCACUGGAGAACCAAGUUUUUUCACCAUUCGUGCAGAAACUGCAUGUAUUGUAGCACUGAUGUCAAAAACAACAUUUUAUGAGGUUAUGUGCCAUGAACCACGUGUUGUGCUCCACAUUGCCCAUACAGUUGUUAGGAGGUUAUCACCAUUUGUUCGUCAAGUAGAUUUUGGUCUGGACUGGGUCUUUGUUGAAACAGGACGUGCAGUCUACAGGCAAGGUGAUGAGUCAGACAGCACUUUUAUUGUUCUAAGCGGUCGUCUAAGAUCUGUAAUCACACACAGCAAUGGCAAAAAGGAGCAAGUUGGUGAAUAUGGCAAGGGUGACCUUAUUGGAAUUGUUGAGAUGGUGACACAUACCCCUCGAGGCACAACAGUUAUGGCUGUUCGUGAUUCUGAAUUGGCAAAACUUCCUGAAGGACUUUUCAAUGCAAUUAAACUCAAGUAUCCUGUUGUUGUAACAAGACUGAUUCAUCUGCUAGGGCACAGAAUACUGGGUUCUUGGCAGAGACCACAUGGAGGUGUACCUGUUGAUAGCCGGCCCUCUCAUGGAAAUUUUUCAACAGUUGCAAUAGUUCCAAUUUCUGAUGAUGUUCCUCUUGUGCCUUUCACAUAUGAACUGUACCAUGCAUUGCGCAGCAUAGGUCCUACUUUAAGACUGACAUCAGAUGUGAUUCGGAAUUCUCUGGGUCCAUCCAUUUUGGAUCCAAAGAAUGAUUACAGGUUAACUUCUUGGUGUCUUCAGCAGGAAGACCAGCACAAAAUUACACUUUAUCAGUGUGACUUCCAGUUUACUCCAUGGACUCAACGCUGUGUACGUCAGGCUGACUGCAUUCUUAUAGUUGGUUUGGCAGAGAAGGAGCCAACAGUGGGAAAGAUUGAAAAAGAAAUAGAACGCCUGGCAGUACGGACACAGAAGGAGCUUGUUCUGCUGCAUCGUGAUCGUAGUAAAAAGCCAAAAAAUACAGUGGCGUGGUUGAACAACAGAAACUGGGUAUCGGCGCACCACCAUAUUCUCUGCAAAAAACGUCUCUUUACUGAAAGGACAAAUGCUAGACUUGAGGAACUGUAUAAAAGAGUCUUGCAGACCGUUCCAGAUGCACAGUCAGACUUCUCCCGUUUGGCUCGGUGGCUUACCGGUACUUCAAUAGGCCUUGUUUUGGGAGGUGGUGGUGCACGUGGAGCUGCACAUGUAGGCAUGGUCAAAGCAAUUGAGGAGGCUGGCAUUCCAAUUGAUAUGGUUGGAGGUGUUAGCAUAGGUGCCUUCAUGGGUGCUCUGUGGUGCAUGGAGAGGGAUGUCACUACAAUGACGCAGAAAGCUCGAGACUGGUCUAAGAGACUCACCCACUGGUGGAGGCAGAUGUUGGAUCUCACAUACCCAGUAACCUCAAUGUUUACUGGUCGUGAAUUCAAUCAUACUAUACGUUCUACUUUUGGAGAUACUCACAUUGAAGAUCUCUGGGUCCCAUAUUUUACAGUCACAACUGAUAUUACGGAAAGCUGUAUGAGAGUGCAUACACAUGGUUCUUUGUGGCGCUAUAUAAGAGCAUCUAUGUCCCUCUCAGGAUACAUGCCACCAUUGUGUGAUCCCUCUGAUGGCCACCUUCUUCUUGAUGGUGGCUAUGUCAACAACUUGCCAGCUGAUGUUAUGAGAAAUCUUGGUGCAAAGCAUGUUUUGGCUGUUGAUGUUGGCUCACAAGAUGAUAUUGAUCUCACUAACUAUGGUGACUGCCUCUCUGGGUGGUGGUUGCUAUGGAAAAGGUGGAACCCAUUUGCUACACCGGUGAAAGUUCCUAAUUUGCCAGAUAUUCAGUCAAGACUGGCAUAUGUUUCAUGUGUGAGGCAGCUAGAGGAAGUGAAGAGUAGUGACUAUUGUGAAUAUAUCAGGCCACCAAUUGAUAAGUACAAGACACUGCAGUUUGGCAGCUUUGAUGAAAUAAAGGAUGUUGGAUAUCAUCAUGGUAGCACAUAUUUUGCUGGCUUAAGGAAAGCAGGCUGUUUGCCAUUCCUAAAAACAGAAACAAGCAAGGAAGAUUUUGUUGGAAGAAGUGAAACUAAAUGUGAUUUAAACCGCAUAUCUGGAUACAGUUUCACAGAUUUAGCACAGUUGGUGUGUAGAGUACCUCAGCGUAAAAGACAAACAGAUGAUGAAUAUAUAGGAGACAAAAAAGAUGCUGAAAAAGAAAACAUCAAGGAAAGCUUUAAAAUAGUCUCCACCCGUAAUACCACAGAAAUGAGAGAGGCAGUGGAAGGUAGUGAAGAAAUGUACCAUUUGGAUACAGUGGAUAGUAAAACUUCUACACCACAGAAACGUGCUGCUAGUUCUCUUUCACUCUCUGGUUACAUAAAGGGCAGCAGUGUUGCAGAGGAUAAAAACAGUAUGCAAUAUCAGGACAGAUGAAGAUCAGUUAAGUAAAAUUUCGACAAAUCUGUGUUCCACUGAAGAAGACACUCCAAUGAAAAUAUAAGUGGUCCGAAGUGGUGUGAAACAGUGCUUGAAUUUUAUAGUGUGCUGCUAUUAAUACUUGACCUUUUGUGAAGAACAGUUGUUGCAGCUAUAUAUUCACUGGAAGCUGGUAGUGAACUGUGAAUUGCAGUGUCUAUUUAUUUAUUUUUUCUAUAGCUCUUCACAGUUUAGAAUGUGAUAACCUGCAAUUUGGACAGUGACAUGUAAGAAUUUUGUAAAUUUUUGUACAGUAACCUUUAUACUUAUAUUUGUACUAUGUUAGUGAUCAAACUCCUCGCAAUAAAUGUCUCAAGAUGCUCUGGA